GGGGGACCCGGGGAGGCCGCGCCCGCCCUGCCCGCCGCUCCCCUCACACCUCCCGGCCAAGUUUGAACAACCCCCUCCCCUUCCCCCCCGAACCGGACCGGCCCGAGUUGGCGGGAGCCGCGGUCCGUGGCAGGGGGCUGCGGGAGAGGAGGGCACGGCGGCUGCCGGGGGUCGCCCCGUCAGGAGAGCUCCCGGCACCGCCUAUGAAGGCGCCGCGGGGCCGGAGGAGCCAUGGAGGGCGGGGGGGUCCCGGCCGCCCUGGAGAAGAACGCGGCGGAGCUGACGGUGAUGGAUGUGUACGACAUCGCCUCGGCCGUGGGGCAGGAGUUUGAGCGGGUGAUCGAUCAGCACGGCUGCGAGGCCAUCGCCCGCCUCAUGCCCAAGGUGGUGAGGGUGCUGGAGAUCCUGGAGGUGCUGGUGAGCCGCAACCACAUCAACCCCGAAAUGGAGGAGCUGCGCCUGGAGCUGGACCGCUUGCGCCUGGAGAGGAUGGACCGGAUCGAGAAGGAGCGGAAACACCAAAAGGAAUUAGAACUGGUGGAGGAUGUCUGGCGAGGGGAAGCACAGGACCUUCUUACCCAGAUUGCACAGCUGCAGGAGGAGAAUAAACAACUGAUGACAAACUUGUCUCACAAAGACAUUAAUUUCACAGAAGAGGAAUUUCAGAAGCAUGAAGGAAUGUCAGAGAGAGAGCGGCAAGUCAUGAAGAAGCUGAAGGAAGUGGUGGAUAAACAGAGGGAUGAAAUCAGAGCAAAGGACCGGGAACUCGGGCUUAAAAACGAGGAUGUAGAGGCUCUUCAGCAGCAACAGAACAGGUUGAUGAAAAUCAACCACGACCUAAGACACCGAAUCACUGUGGUUGAGGCUCAGGGGAAGGCACUGAUUGAGCAGAAGGUGGAGUUGGAAGCAUAUCUGCAAACCAAGGAGCAGGAGAUGGGCAACCUGAGAGCAGAGCUGGGGAAACUGAGAGAAAAACUGCAGGGGGAGGACAGCCAAAACGGGGAGGAAGUAAAGACAGAACCAAACAAUGAUGACUGCCUCUCAGAGUCAGAAAAGAUGGCAAUGGACUUAAAAGAUCCAAAUCGUCCAAGAUUCACCUUGCAGGAGCUCCGGGAUGUCCUUCAUGAGAGGAAUGAACUGAAAUCUAAAGUAUUUUUACUUCAAGAGGAGCUUUUAUAUUACAAGAGUGAGGAAACAGAAGAAGAAACUAGAUCCCCUCAACCUACACCCAUAAUUCAUCCAAAACCUGCAACUCAACCUGAGUCUGGAAUCAAAAGACUGAUCUUUACAGCCAUAAUGCCCAUGGUAGCAGCUGGAUUGAUUCCAGACGAUCCCACAUUGCAGCCAAUAAGAAGACUUGUGUCCCUUGUUUAGUUUCUUCUCUCGUGAUAAGAAACGUAUGCAAGCAUCACAGAAAAACGUCCACUUCCAGGAUACUUUUGGAGAAUGGUCAAAUUCAAACAGAGAUGACACCUACACUGAACAAGGACAAGAAGCCCUGCAGCACCUGUGACUAAAAAACCUCGGGGUGUUUGGUUUACCACAGUAGGUUUUUGACAGUCUAAGUAACAAGAAGCUUCUGUAAACCAAGCUGGCAGCUCCUCACUUUUAUUUGCCUUUCACACCUGGGUGGCUGAGUUUCAGAUCAAAAGGGAUCCUUCACUGUUCACUUCCUGACUGUUUGCUGAAAACAGAAUCCAGACUUUGUUGUAACAGUCGCUGGUGCCCUGGGACAUGGAAGCUUCUAGAUGACUUGUUUUGUGCUGACAAGUCUAUGGUCUUGUUCAUGCAUUAACUACAGUAACACAAGCUUCUUUAAACCAAAAAAACAAAACAAAACAAAAAAAGGACCUGUGCCAUUAUUAGAAGUUUGUUUGCAGUGUACAAUAUCUAGUGGCAAAGACUCUCUUCCCCUGUUUGUUAACACUAUCAGUUGUUUGCUUUUUAUUUCUGUACUUCUUUCAAGAGGGAUACCACAACUGGUGGUCCAACUGGUGGAUCCAAGCAGGCCCAAGCACUGCUGUGUCCUGUGGAGUUCAGCUGGCAUCUGUGUUUUGCAGAGUAACGACUUGGGAAUCACCUGAUACAAACUGAUAACUGGAGCAGCCUUGAGAGGGACAGUGAGUGUCCAUUUCCCUUGCUGCUUAUAGUGCCUAAAGCAUGAAGAAAACCCCUGUAUGAGCUGAGCGUGCCUUGCAUUUUGCCCUGAGUUGUGCAGUGUUAAUGGAGAACAUCUUGCUCCCAAGGAGGAAUUCUAACACUUGAAUUUUUCCUUCUUGCCAAGGACUUCCCCCUGGAGCAGCAGCCAGCUGCUGUAAAGGAAAAGGAGGUCUCUUUCCCACAGACAGGAUUUUUUAUUAACUCACACUCCACUUUUCUGUCUCCCUUCAGAGUAGGAGACAUCCUCAUCCAGCUGACAGGAACUGUUUUAGCUGCUGUAGAGGUGAUGUUUUCUCUGACCACUCUAAACACUACUCCUAGGUGUAUCUAGUGAGGAGGCUGAAGGCAACUUCUGCUUGUGUAGCUCAGAGCAGGGGACUGUGAGCUGCUCUUGGCACUUUACCCCCAGCAACGUGUGCUCAGUACAGAAUCUCUGCUCAGGAGUGGUGCUAGGAACAGGAGACAACACUCAGGCUGAGGGACAGCUCCAACUGCUCCAGGGACUGAAACAGAACAAAUCCCAAAGCACUCCAAGAUGAGGUUGAGAUGAAGGGUUUAGUGCAGGACAGUUGUUUUUAAUGCAGGAUGAUCCAAGACUGGAUUCUUUAAUCCAGGAGGAUUUAAUUUCUAGGAGCAAAUGGUUUGCAGCCCAUCUGUAGUGAACCAGUGCCAGGAACCCAUCCUUUGGUGGGCUGAGUGCUGCUCUGCCCCUGGCUGUGCUUCCUGGUGAACACACACCCUCUGCAUCUUCCUGUAGAGAAAGUGUUCACUGCUCCUCCCUGGUGUCACUGCACUUUGGGGCAAGGAGGAAACGUGGCCUUACAUGAACAACAUCUGCAUUUGUAGUAGUGACAUCAGCAUCUGCUGUCAGUGUUGGGCAGAAACACUUCUGCCUGGUUAUAUUUUGGUAACAUAUCUUAAGGUUUAUGCUUACAGGAAUCUGUAUCCAUCAAGCAGCAGCACUUUUGCUCCUUGUGUGAAAAGCAAUUCUUAAAUGGGGGGGAGAGCAUGUUAAUUUAAUGAUACUUAAGUUGCUAAGAUUUAGGUUUCACUUCCAUUAUCAGGAAAAAAAAAAAAA